GAUCCGCAUCACCAGAGCGCUUUGGGGGAACGGGAGCUGUUUUUCUUCAUUCUUCCUUGAGAGGGGAGGAUUUUGAUCCCCUUUUCAGAAUGGAUUGCUUCCCCAUGAUUUUCUCUCUGCUGUUCGUGGCUUUCCAAGGCGCUGCAGAAACAGCGGUCUUGGGCACGGAGCUCAGCCCCAGGGAGGGUGAUGGAGGGGAGCAGCCCCCUCCCCGUACACCCUGGAGGCCCCGCCGGACCAAGCGCUGUUCCUGCUCUUCCUUGAUGGAUAAAGAGUGUGUUUACUUCUGCCACCUCGACAUCAUCUGGGUCAACACUCCCGAACACAUUGUUCCAUAUGGGCUUGGAAGCCCUUCCAGGUCCAAGCGAUCCUUAAAGGAUUUAUUUCCAACAAAGGCAGCCGAUUACAAGAAUAGAUGCCUGUGUACUAGCCCCAAAGACAAGAAGUGCUGGAAUUUUUGCCAAGCAGGAAAAGGACUCAGGGACCAGGACACGAUGGAGAAAGGUUGGAAUAGCCAAAGGAGAGGCGAAGACUGUUCCAAGCUUGGAGAGAAUUGCAUUCACCAGCAGCUAGUGGAAGGCAGAAAAAUAAGGAGGUUGGAGGCCAUCAGCAACAACAUCAAAACAUCUUUCCGUGUUGCAAAGCUGAAAGCCAAACUGUACAGAGGGAAGAAUGUGACUCACAACAGGACGCACUGAUGCCCCAGCCUAGCCCCUUCGCAGCCCUGUGCCCCACAGAGACCGGGCUGACUGCGCACUCUGUCUGCACUGACUGCAGUCAGAGCAACAGCGUCCUCUCUGCUUACACCAUUUCUUGUUCCAGAUUGCAAAGAACCAGGAUCUCACACUAAACAUUCCAGGAAGGUUAGCGUCCCCUGCAACCUGACGGCAUUUUCUUGGUAACUGCUUUUGUGUCUCCUGGUUGCAGUUGACCACAGAGAGAGCCAGAGACACCGUGAUGUGCAAAUUCGGGUGGUAUCCUCCUGAGGGCAGAGAGGAGACUCCACAGACAGGACAGCUCCCCAAGCCUGUCCAAAGGGGGUGUUUGUGUCUCAGUCAGGUGCCCUGCACAUUUCAGGGAGAAAUUCUCAAGUCCCUGCAAAGAAUUUCAAAGGAAUGCACAAAUUGAAAACAUACUCGAAGGAUAAACAGUCAAGUCGGAAAAAAAAAAAAAAACCUUUGUUUUCAAAUUCACUAAAUGAAAAAUUGAAACUCUUACUACUGUAAAUCAGGAUGCGUCUACCUCACCUAUAUUGCACUCCAGCAGAAGUAUUUUUUUCCACCUCUAAUUAUUGCCUCCCCAAAUUCUUCCCCCUUCUGCAACCUCCUCCCUAAACCUAGCCUCCGAGAAGUCUGGUCUCAUGUGUCAGUAGUCGAUAAUGCAUUUUUACUGUAAUCUACUAGCUUCGAUCCAUACCAAAAAAGAUCAUUGAAUCAGGCGAUUCCCUUACCUACUUUUUUGGAGAUACAAUGGUAUAGGGUUGUUUCUGAAAGACACUGAAAAGUAAAUGUUGGUUUUGCUUUAAAGCAAUAAAAUUAUUUUCUUUUGUGUAACUGGCUAUGGAAGAGGUUGGA